UUCAUGUUCGGUCCGUACGCUAAGUCACUCCAUGCUGUUUUGUGUGGACAAAAAACAGCUCUGUCUUAAUUAGAAAAAACACGUAAAAUAUCUUUCAAAAAUCUUCAACCAAAUUUUAUAAUAAUCUUAAGAGACUCUCUCCCUCUCCUGUGAUAUAUACACACAGAAUCGUAUAUAUACAUAAGAGGGGACAUUUAGGUUACAGAGAGACGAAGAUAAUUUUAUAUAAUAAACUCAACAAUCUGGCUCUGAAGAGGUGGUCAUCGUUUAAUUCUGUAAGGAUCAAAAGUAUAUAGCUACCAAGAGUAUUCUUUCAGUCUGGCCAGCUCAACAAAGUUAAAUUUUUCUCGCUCCUCUAAGAGGUUGUGGGGGGAUCACGAAAGUGUGAUCUUGCUUUGUGUUAUAAGGAGAUCUAGAUCAUCAGUUAUUUGGAGACUGCAUUGUGUCUUAAUGGGUUUAUCCCUAGACUAUGGCUAAUAUCAACAUUAGAUCUAUCUGUGGUAGCUUGUGAAGGAAUCAAUAUCAUUCUGAAGAGACAAGAUAUUUGUUUCAGGCUUCUGGAUGUAUUGAGCAGCUAAGUAGAUUAUAACGAAACAAGUAUCCCUGUGGUGAUGUAUCUGGUGCAGUUCUGACAAGAUGAUUGGAUUUACAUGCUUUAGUGGCCACAUUUAUUCCUCAAAACCAAAGAUGAUAAACGACUUACCGGAAGAAGCAAUGCAUAAAGCACUGGAAGAUGGCAUUCACAAUCAUGAGUUUAAAAACAACAAUUCAUUUAGUGGGAAACCAUCGGAUUCUGGGGCAAAUGAAGAUGGUGUAUGUAUUACUGCUGAUCAGCUUACAACUUCAUCGUCCAUUGAUCAUAGCUGUAGAUUUGAUGAAAUAAGUAACAAGCGUAUGGAUGAAACAAAAGAUGUGGCUUAUACUACUCGGAUAAAGAGAAGCCAAUCUUUAGGAAAUGAGCUGUAUCGCAAGGUAAAAUUUAUAGGUGUUCCUUACUCAGGAGAGGACACAGACCAAGGGUUUUCUGUUGAUGGAUCCAAUGAUCGAAGUGGCUCACUUCUUUCAUUUGGUGAGAAGGAUCAUGAGGUUAGUACAUCUGAAAAAUUUCCAGAAGCUUUACAUUCUGUUUCUGUCCAAGUGAGUUCCGAUCUGGUACGUGAUGGAUCAACUUUGUUCAUUGGAGAUCCCCAACAAAAAGUUGAAUGGCCCGAUAUCUCUGAUACACAGUUUCCUGGUGACUGUGGCAACCAUGCCCCAUGCAAUCAGCGGACCGCAAAUGUUCUUCCAAGAUCAUAUUCUUCGUCUGACGUACUUGCUUAUGGGGGACAUACUAAAACUCGAUAUUCUGUUCCCCGUGCAACAUCUUGUGCCUACCUAAAUGCUUUAGAUAAGCAGGAAGAUAUGAUAGCACACAAAAUAUGUACGCGUGCAAAUCAAGAUGGCGAAGAAGAUGAUAGUGCAGAACAUUGUGAAAAAACAAUGAUGCAGGACUCCGCUAAUGAUGGUUAUGAUGGUUAUAACUAUGUUGGUACAGCCAAAGAUUGGGUACUUCCAGAUGAGGCAAACACAUCAAAGAAUCAGUUAGACUCUAUGGUUGAUACUCAGGAAGAACACCCUCCUAAGGAUUUUAAGAUAAAACGCAUUGAGGAGUGGGUAUCAAAUCUACAGCAUUGCAGCCCUUCAGAAGAAAUAUAUGAUCUGUCCACAACAUGUGAUUAUCCAGCAGAUACUGGGAGCAAUGUGUCUAAUGGUUUGUCACCUACAAGACAGGAUAGCAAGAGCACACCUGAGAUGGAUACUGUCAAGAGAUAUAUCUCUUCAUUGAGUGCUACAUCCACUAGUGCGCAACUUGCUAACCAUGGCUUAAUUGCGAUACCUUUCCUCAGUGCUUUUGUAGGCCUAAAAGCACUUAAUUUGUCUGGAAAUGCUAUAGUGAGGAUAACAGCUGGCGCUCUUCCUCGAGGACUCCAUAUCUUAAAUCUGUCGAAGAAUAGCAUUUCAACAAUUGAAGGAUUACGAGAACUCACACGACUUCGUGUACUUGACCUGAGCUACAAUCGGAUAUUGAGGAUUGGACAUGGCCUAGCAUCCUGCUCUUCCUUGAAAGAGUUGUACCUAGCUGGAAACAAAAUCAGCGAGGUUGAGGGUCUUCACCGCCUUCUGAAGCUGAAUGUCCUUGAUUUCAGAUUCAAUAAAAUUUCAACCACCAAAGGUCUUGGCCAACUUGCAGCCAACUACAAUUCCUUGCAAGCAAUUAGCAUAGAAGGGAAUCCAGCUCAGAAGAAUGUCGGGGAUGAGCAACUGAAAAAACAUCUGCUAGGUCUUCUUCCCCAGCUAGUUUACUAUAACAGGCGUUCUAUCAAAGCGGGUAGCACAAAGGAUUCAGGCUCAGCUAGAUUACAUCAGUUCGACCGUGGUCUUAGGUCAUCAGAACUUAAGACUGCACGAUCUCACAAAAAACCACCUUCUGUGAUUCAUGGUCGAAGAAAUCAUCAAGCAGUCACCCAAGUAAAACCAACUAGGGACAAACAUGGACGCUUGCCUCCUAGUGGAAUGAAAACAGUUUCCAGAGCAAGUUUUUAUGAUUUCGGCAACAGGGGGAUCAGUUUCAAGCCAGAUCUUGGAAUGCAUAGAAGUCGCAGCAUGGGACACCUUGGAGAUCUUUGAGCUAUAAAGCCUGAAGAUUAUGGUUAUUUCUUAUCAUGGCUGAGAGCAAUGUCAGCUGGGCCUGGAUAGUAGUUAAUUUUCCUUUUCAGUAGAUAGGAUAUAUUACAUACUAUUAAUUGUAUUGUUUCUCAGUAAUGAUGAACUUUCACAGAUUGUAAUUUGUUUACAAAUUUGAAACAAUAUUUUGCUCAA